UCUGCAGUUCAGUAACUCAGUGCAAACGCUAUUUUGCCCCCAGCGGGUUUCCAUAGGAGUAAUAACAAAAGGCUGCUAGUGAGUCUGUAUCUAUUACCAUAUGAAUUAUUUAAACUUGACACACUAAUUCGGCAAGGGGAUGUCUGUGGAGUUUAGGAUUAAGAAGACCGAGUGUGCGGAAGUCAGUGAGGUGAUUUUGGGUGAGCCGUAUUGUGUGUCUGUGCUGAAACAUGGCUACUGCAUCAGCCAGGCUGAUGGCUCUGUUCGGGCAGACGGCAGCAUUACCUUAAUAACAGGACCACAAACUAUACUGGUGGAUACGGGAGGGCCAUGGGACCGAGACUUUCUGCUCUCUAAACUGAAAGAAAGAGGAUUGUCACCUGCUGAUGUUAGUUUUGUGGUCGGUACACACGGUCACUCCGACCACGUGGGCAACUUAAACUUGUUUACAAGAGCAACAGUAGUCGUGGGGUGUGACGUCAGCCAGGGGGACAGAUACAUACCGAACAUGCUGGCAGAGGGGUCACCCUACCCCAUCGACCCAUAUGUGUCCAUCAUCCCUACACCUGGCCAUACAGGACGUGAUGUCAGUGUUCUUGUUAAGGGAACAGUUGUGGGACAAGUUCUCGUGGCUGGGGACCUGUUUGAGUGUUGCACUGAUGAAGGCUCAUGGAGGGAGCUUAGCGAGAACCCAGAGGUGCAGGAUGUUAGUCGGCAGACUGCUUUAAAGACUGCCAAUGUGAUCAUUCCUGGACAUGGAGCACCGUUCAGGGUGUUCAGGGAUUCAGGAGACUGAGAACCAAAAAAUGGGUCCAAAACAAUGAAAUAUAUUUGGGCCUGGGGUGCAGACCAUGUCUAAUCUUAGACAUUCAUUGAAAAGUCAUAGGAAUAUUAAUUAAAAAAAGAUAAUAUGCA